UCAGGUGUCCGCCUCUGUCCAAUCAGCUGAGGUGGAACUCUACAUUUCUUGGUAAAAACAACAAAGUCACAAAGAAAAACUUGAAUGUUUACUCUAAACCUGUUUGCCCGGGGGGGUGAUGGACGUACUACAGCCAAUCGUAUCUUUGGGGCCGGUUUCAGGUGUUGAGCAGUGGUAUAACAACAGUCCCUCGCAUCUCUCAAUCACUACCUGUACAGGUGACUAUCGGUUCUACACUGCCUCUCUAUUUUCUUUCUCAACUCACCCAUUCAACCAACUACUGCCAUGUCUAGGAACAGUGCCUUCAGCAUGUUCGGUGGGGCCGGGGGAAGAGGCUCCAGGGUGUCUGUGGCCAGUCUGGAGGGGCUACGGAACGCCAUGCGCUCUGACCCGGAGAAUUCGAAGGAGGUCUCUCCUGCCCCCGGGCCCGCCCCGGAUGAUAAGAAGACCAUGAAGGGUCUCAACGACCGUCUGUCCGGCUACCUGGGCAGGGUGAGGAACCUGGAGGAAGCCAACAAAGAUCUGGAGGACCAGAUUCAGGACAUCUUGGACAAGAGAGGAGACCCCAACGGCCGCGACUGGGAUGUGGUUGAGAAACCAUUGAAUGACCUCAGGAAGAAGCUCCGUGAUAUGACCAUGGAUAAUGCACGUUUGUUACUGCAAAUGGACAACACCAAACUGGCCAAUGAUGACUUCAAAAACAAGCUGGACAACGAGAAGCAGGCCAGGAAGACUGUGGAGAAGGAUCUGAUUGGUCUGAAGAAGGUGAUUGACGACACCAACCUGAACCGCAUGCAGCUGGAGAGCCAGAUCGAGUCUGUGAAGGAAGAGCUCGCCUUCCUCAAGAAGGACCAUAAGGAUGACGUUGAUGAGCUGCGUAAGAAGAUCAAGGACUCCAACGUCCUCGUGGAGUUUGACUCCCAGGACAACAACCUGAGUGAUACACUCAACAAGAUCCGCUCCCAGUACGAGAAACUGGCCAAGAAGAACCUCAAGGAUACCGACGACUGGUACCAGAGCAAGUUUGACAGCAUCAAGGUAGAGGUGGUUGAGAAUAAUGAGGCUCUGCAUUCAGGCAAGAAUGAGCUCAAAGACCUGCGCAGACAGAGACACCUUCUGGAGAUAGACAUACAGUCUACAAUGAGCAUGGUCCACUCCCACGAGGAAUCUCUGAAGGACAUGGAAGGGCGGUACAACCGUGAGAUGACUCGCCUCAAUAAGAUCCUGCUGCAGUUGGAGGGAGAGCUGGUCCAGGUGAGGACGCAGGUGGAGAGGCAUGUGGAUGACUACCAGGAGCUGCUUCACGUCAAGAUGAAGCUGGAAGCCGAGAUCGAGAACUACCGCAGCCUAAUGCACGACAUCGCCCCUGAUGACAGCGUGGACUUUUCUUUAGAGCAGGCAGUGAAUUGUGGUAAGUACUGGACAUCGGCCCUACUGAACCAUCUGAUCUGAAGACACCAGGGAAUCCAACAUACCAUUAUAUCACUGUCCAUCUAAGAUGUCACUCCAGAUUGCUGUUCAUUCUCAGUUAUGGCUAAUAUCACUCUGUCUGCACUACCUACCUAUCUCACUGUAUAACUGCAUGAUGUCAAAGACAAUGUUCUUAACAUGUUGUAGACAGAUACAAUGGUAUUCUGAUUGUGAGUUGUUCCUUGUAUACGAUUGUAAGACAUUGAGUCAUUGAUUCAUUUGAUCCCAAUGUUAUGUGGAUGUGUUGCAGAGGUGGUGUCUAUUCAAUUCAUGCAAACAUCUGAUUCAAGUAGGAUGUGCAAUUUGAUUUGAACAUGGCAAUAUAUACUAUACAUUGCUAACAAUAUACUAUACAUUUCCAAUUCAAAUUGUAUGUCUACUUCUAUUAGAGUCUGGUGGAACCGUCCUGAUCACACAAUAGCUCACAUUCUGAUUUAGCUCACAGAUACAGAAACAGUGAGCUUUUAGCAAUCAGGAUGGUUCCACAAGGCUACUUCAAUUCCUCAACUGAAAAACAUCCUGCAAAAUGUUCAGACUGAGAUCUUCUUCCUCUUCCCUGACUCCACAUCAGAGCCGCCCAGCUACCUAAGAAAGCCUUGAUGAAGGAUGAGGUUGAUGGAAAGGAGGUCCCCAAAAAGACAGAAGCUGCGGCAACUCAGAAAAG